AUGGAAGAAGCCCUGUUACCGCCUUCCACCACUACAUCAGAAGAAGUCGAUCAUCAACCUGUGGUGACCAUCACGACUGCAACCUACGACAAUGGCGAUGAGGAAGAAAAUGACAGUGGUGUUUACAGAGAAGGGACCAUUGCGUCGGCCAGAUUCAAUAUCCUGAGCACCAUGGUGGGAGGAGGUUGUUUGUCGUUGCCAUUGGCCUUUCAACAGUCUGGAAAUUCACUCUUGGGUCCACUCUUGUUGGUCUUGACAGCUCUGAUUACGGAUUUUUGUUUCCGACUCUUGGUUGCCUCCGCCGUUCACUUGAAAUGCCCGCAUUCGACACGACCCGGAACGGACAGUUUUGAAUCCAUCACUCAAGAAGCCUUUGGCCCAAGAGCUUUCAUCAUGUCUCAAUUGCUAGUUUUUUUCAUGUGUUUCUUUGGUGCCGUCGGAUAUUCCGUUUUGCUCCGGGACAUGAUGGAACCCAUCAAUGACGCCAUCUUGGAGCACUUGAGUUUUGUGAAAAGCGAAUGGAUGACCAAAAACUUGACCAUGUUUGCCGUCAUUUUUCUCGUGACGCCCGCCACGACCUUGCAAACCUUGACCUCUUUGAAAAAUUGUGGCGCCAUGUCCAUGUUUUCCAUUUUUGUGCUGGGAUCCUGCAUUGUCUUUCGAUCCGUCCAAUGUCAAGUCAACAAUCCCAGUCCCGAACCCUGGUAUUCCUAUUUGACCUUCUUUCCAGAAUCUCCAGGAGAACUCUUGGAUGCCUUGCCACUCUACAUUUCCUGCUUUGUCUGUCAUUACAACAUUUUGCCCGUGCACAAUGAAUUGCAAAAUCCAACCCCCAAACGAGUCUCUUGGUGGCUUCGGACCACCACCUGGGGUUCCUUUGGACUCUAUCUAAUCAUGGGGUGGACCGGAUCGGCUUAUGGACACUGCACUCCUUCGGGCAAGGUACACGGGAAUGUGCUAUUGGAUUUUGACAAGAAGGAUCCACUGUUGUUGGUGGGACGCAUGUGUUUGGCUGUGACCAUUACCUUGGCAUUUCCCAUGUUGGUCAUUCCAGGGCGCGACAUUGUCAUUCGAUCGUACUUACCAUCAAGCAAUGCUAGUGGUACAACAGAGACUCCAGUGGAUCCAUCCGCAGCUGACGACUUGCAAGAACCUCUCUUGUCACAAGAAGAACAAGCAGAUAAUGCCGAGACUGCUGCUGCGACUGGUGAUGAAUUCAAUGACGAAGAGGCACCAUUGGAUGACGCUGGUUCCCAAAGUGGGGGCAAUACGGAUGGCGCACCUCCUUCUACUUCCUACAUGGUCCGGUUGUUGGUCUCGAUUGCCAUUUUCUGGACGGCAGGAACAGUCGCCAGUUUGGUGGAUGGCAUUGAAGUUGUUUGGGAUUUGUUGGGAUCGUCACUCAGUAUACUCCUCAGUUUCCUAAUCCCCUGUGGAUCCUACUUGGUGAUUACCUCGAACGAAACAACAGAGGAGACGUCAUCGUCGUCAUGGCUCGACGAUGCCAGUGAAGAUCGCAAACGAUUUUGGUCCAAGAUCCUUUGUUGGGUGUUGAUUGGUACCUUCACUCCACUCAUGAUUGUGUCGACGGCGAAUGCGGUUCACAAUACCUUUUCGGGGGGGAAUUAG